AUGGCGCAGCUUAGAACCUUUCGCAUUGUGGGUCACAUCUAUGCGGCGCUGAUGAUCGUCGUCGCCAUAACGGAAGCGAUCCGCUGUCUGGCAUCCUUCGGUAGUGAAGAGGAAAAUAGCACAGUGUUAGCACUAAAAUCGAUCUUUGCACUCUAUUGCUUUGCUUUUGCGAUUAUGCUUGUGAUUGGAAUCGAAAAGGAGAAAACAGAAUACGUCAUCGUGUACCGAAUAUUUAUUAUAUUUAGGAGCAUUUGUGGGUUAGUUUACAUGAUUAUAAAUUCAUUAAUUGUUAUUGUUGAUAAUGCGAAUGCUGGUUCUACUGCAAAAUUAACAUUAGUUAAUAACAAUCAAUAA